GCUUUCGGAGUCUGGAAUCACGAACAUCCAAGCAAGUCGUUCAGAUAAACUUUGUGCCGUACUGGCUAACCUGGAGCUAUUUAUUCUAGCUUUCCUCGGUCUGCUCGUCUAAUCUCAAAUUCGCCUAGACCCGUCAAACAAACGGUCCAAACUAACAAUCUCAGACCAGAUGACAGCUCGGAAAAAUGCUCGGGGACCCCUAGACUAAAUGCUUAAUCCGACUCCGUUCAUGCCAACGUCAGCAAGCAUCAUCUAGCUGCAGUAAAAUCGGGCCUUAUCACCAGGUCUCGCAUCUUCGGCACAUAUCCGGCAGUCGACCGGCCACCUUAAUUGGAGCCCGCUCAGCAAAUAUCGCAGCCGUUGUCGCAGUCCAGGCCAGCAUAACUCCGCACCACCCCCGCAAACCUUUGCAAAGAAAAAAGCCGGUAACCCACACGGUCAUCAUUUUCUCUCCACCGUCCAUUCAACAAAGUGUGGAGAUUUUUUUUUCCCACUCGGAAGAGCGAACCCCCGCGGGCAUGUUGAGCGAAUCCAAGGGCCCCUGAUUAUUGUACAAAAAGGGCCCUGCCCGUUCCUUCACCUGCUUCUCCUGUCAAGCUUGACCUUGGGUGUUAUUCCUGUCGGGUUGUACCAGCCAAACCGUCAACAUGUCGCACGCAAACCCCGAUUCCAAGACGGAGGCAGAAGUCUCUAGGGCACAGACGGCCGACGACUACGAUUCCGGAAACUUGAAAGAGGAUGCUGGUGAGAAGCGGGAUUACAGCGGUGCCGUCACCAGCACGGACCCCGCCGAAAAGGCACUUGUUCGGAAGUUGGACUGGCGCAUCAUGCCCACGCUCUGCGUCAUGUACUUCCUCAACUACGUCGACCGCAAUGCCAUCGCCCAGGCGCGGCUGAACAAUCUCGAAAAGGAUCUGGGCAUGAGCGGUUUCGACUUUAACGUCGCCGUGUCUAUCCUGUUUGUCGGCUAUGUGCUGUUCCAGAUCCCCAGCAACAUGUUGAUCACGAGGAUACGGCCUAGCCUCUACAUGAGCGCGUGGAUGAUAAUCUGGGCGGUCGUCUCUGCCUGCACUGCGCUGGUCCACAACAGGGGCGGGCUGAUUGCCUCUCGCUUCUUCUUGGGUAUCACCGAGGCUCCGUUCUACCCCGGUGCGACCUACAUGCUGUCCAUCUUUUACCCCCGUAGAGAGGUCGCAACCCGUAUCGCCCUCCUGUACUGCGCCCAAAUUCUCGCGACCGGCUUCUCGGGUCUGAUCGCCGCCGGCGUUUUCGCAGGCCUCGAUGGCGUCCGCGGGCUCAGCGGCUGGCGAUGGCUCUUCAUCCUCGAGGGUGCAGCCACGGCUCUCAUCGGCCUGCUCGGCUUCUGGCUGCUCCCCGACACGCCCCUGACGACCCGCUGGCUCAACGAGGAGGAGCGCAAGAUUGCGCACGAGCGCAUGGAGCGCGACCGCGUCGACGACCAGGGCGAGUCGUCGGUCAUGGUCGGACUCAAGCAGGCCGUCAAGGACCCCAAGGCCUGGGCAUUCUGCCUCAUGCAGAACUUGCACCUGUCGGCUUGCUCGUUCAACUCUUUCUUCCCGACUGUCGUCAAAACCCUCAACUUUGACACCACCCAAACCCUCCUCAUGACCUGCCCUCCCUUCAUCGUGGCCGGCAUGUUCGGCAUCGGCUUCGGCUGGUCGUCGGGCCGCCUGCACGAGCGCACCUGGCACAUCACCGUGGGCCUCGCCCUGGCCGUGGUGGGCUUCGUGCUGGCCGCCGCCGAGAUGAGCGUGGCGGGCCGCUACACGGCGUGCUUCAUCUUCGCCGCGGGGGCCUACUCGGUCAACUCCGUCAUCAUCGGCUGGGCGUCCAGCACCUGCUCGCAGACAAAGGAGAAGAAGGCCGUCGUGCUGGCCAUGACCAACGUCGCGGGCCAGAUCGGCUACAUCUACGGCGCCUACAUCUGGCCCAGCACCGACGAGCCGCGGUACACGAUCGGCUUCAGCGCCAGCGCCGCGUUUGCCCUGGGGAGCAUCGCGUGUGCGUGGUGGAUUCGGGUUAUGCUCGUCAGGGAGAACAAGAAGAUUGUUGCGGCGGCGGCGGGGGCGCCGGUUAACCUAUAUUCGUACUGAAGACGGUAUCUUGGGGAAUUGAUGGGCGGGAUUUAUAGAUGAGUUGGAUGUGUGUUUGCAGCGUAUUUUUCCAGCAGAAAAGUGGUUUGAUAAUGCGAAGCGGUUGGCUUUUACAUACGGUCAAGGCAAAAAAUGAG